AUGGCUGAGCAACACAUAGGUCCCGGAAGGCCCAGGACUAGGAAUGUGGAGCCCGAGCAAGAAGCUGGAAAUGCAGGUGUACCUUGGCAGCAAAUAAUGCAACAGAUGCAACAACAGAAUCAGAUGAUGAUGCAGAUGAUGCAGGGUAUGCAAGGACAACAACCUCCUGCUCCAGUUCAUGUUCCACAAGCUCCAACAGGGCCAGAUUUUUGUGCUUUCUUCAGAAUGGAUCCUCCAGAGUUUGCAGGUGGACUAGACCCGGUGGUAGCUCAUGAUUGGUUGGCUAGUAUGGAGAGGAUAUUCCAAGCGAUCCAGUGUAAUGAAGAAGAGAAAGUGAUCUUCGCUACGCAAAAGAUGAAAGGACCGGCUCUUAGGUGGUGGAAUACCGCAUCUACCUAUUUCACUACCCAGGAGAUUCUUAAGGACUGGCAUCAUUUCAAGGCGGAAUUUCUAGAGAAGUAUUUUCCUAACAGUGUUCGGACCCAAAGAGAAAGAGAGUUCCAGAACUUCAAGCAAGGCAAUUUGUCUGUUUCUGAGUAUGCUGAGAAGUUUGAAGACAUGGCUGAUUACUCGCGACAAGUUGUUUAUGCUCCUGAUGAGUUAUGGAAGAUUGAUCACUUGAAGAGGGUUCAAGAAGAGAGGAACCAAAACAGGACUAAUUUUAGAGAACAAGGGAGAUCUGCUCAAUACUUAAAGCCCCGCAAUUCUCCAUCAAAGAAGAAACAAGGCCCUGGUGACCAAUCCUCUCGACCUCCUUUUUGUGACAAGUGUAAGAGGAAGAAUACCGGAGAUUGCAGAUUCACUCCAGUUACUUGUUUCGAAUGUGGCGAGCAGGGUCACAUCUCUCCACGUUUUCCUAGAAAGAAGAGGGCUCCUGAGACGACUACAGGUCGUGUGUACACCUUAGAUGCGAGGAAGGCUAAGGGGAACAACAAUCUCAUUGCGGGUACGUGUUAUGUAAACAACCAACCUUUAUGUGUUUUAGUUGAUUGUGGAGCUACUCAUUCCUUUAUCUCAACCGAAUGUGUUUGUCGACUUGGUUUGGAAGUUACUCCAUUACCUGAUCCUAUGGUCAUUUCUUCGGCGACCGAAGAUACGGUGGAAGCUCGACUAAUUUGUAAAGAUUGUUUAGUAUCUUUUAAUGAUCGUGAUUUUCCGAUCGAUCUAAUUUGUUUACCUCUCAAGAGACUUGAUGUCAUUCUGGGGAUGGAUUGGUUGUCUCUUAAUUCGGUGUAUAUCGGUUGCAAGGAGAAGUCCAUAUUUAUUCCUGCAGAAGAGACUUCUUCCGAUGAUGCAAUUACCAAGUUGAUAGAAGGUACGAUCAGCGCGGUCAAUUAUCUCUUUUCCCAAGAAAGAUCUUUUCUUUUAGUUCUUUCCAAGGAACCUUCUGUAAGAGUGGUAUUGUCAGAGAUUCCAGUGGUGUGCGAAUUUCCUGAUGUGUUUCCUGAGGAUAUUACUUCUCUUCCUCUGAAAAGGGAAGCAGAAUUCUCAAUUGAUCUUGUCCCUGGUACUGCCCCAGUUUCCAUCACUCCAUAUAGGAUGUCUCCUAUCGAACUCAGAGAACUGAAGAGCCAGUUAGAAGAGCUUCUAGCUAAGCAUUUUAUUCAGCCCAGUGUUUCUCCAUGGGGAGCCCCUGUCUUGUUGGUGAAGAAGAAAGACGGAAUUUUCAUGGAUUACAUGAAUCGAAUUUUUCAACCGUACCUGGAUCAGUUUGUGGUGAUCUUCAUUGAUGACAUCUUGGUGUAUUCUCGUUCUCCCGAAGAACAUGAAGAGCAUUUGCGGAUUGUGUUGUCUACUCUCCGAUUGAAACAUUUGUACGCAAAGUUCAGUAAGUGUGAGUUUUGGCUAUCUGAAGUAAGCUUCCUUGGUCACGUCAUCUCUGGGGGAGGCGCAAUUGCAGCCGCAAUAUUGCUUAUGCGGUAG